AUGCCUAUUGUUAUUAAUUCAAACUUAAGCUCAAGCCGUAUCGUUUACCGUGAUCUAUUCGACGAUACUCCAAUAACAUAUGUUCGAGAAUUUCCAUCACGUUUUUCAUACUGCGACUGCGAUGAUCCAAUACCAGUUGUCAGUGUUGAUUCAAGCCCACGAACUACUGUAACAACAACAACAACUACUACAUGGCGUACAAAAUCAUUUCGUUCAAGAUCAUACAAGAUUAUUGUCUAA